AUGGCGAUGGCAAGGCGAGAGAGGAGCUUCGAGUCUGGGUACUGCUCCUCAGAGGAUGAGAACGGGCUCAAGCUUUACGUGGCAGCAGCCCCUCAGCCACAAUCUCGCUCCUCGCCUCCCUCCCGGGACUCCACGGCCGGUGAACGCGAGCUGAUUCGGCCUCGCGAGCGACCUCCGCGAGCCGUCAAGGAGCUGCCGCAAAUCAUUGUUCCUCCACCAAUCCCUGCUGCGCAGGACGGUCCACCUACCCCUCCGCCCAAGAGUCCAUUCUUAGAACUCAUCCACGCUAAGAGGAAGACAAUCAUGGAGAGGAUUGAGGGCUGGUGGGACCUCAACCUGCUGGAGAAGAGGCAGACGUUGCUCAAGGGAGGUGGGUCGCCUCUUCGUCGAAAGUUCUGA